AUGCCUCGCGCCCUGAACAAACCCACCCUAUCAACAGACCCCAGCAUGAACAAGUCCACCAGGGACCGAGCCCCAGCCGCCUCCGGCGGCGGCGGCGUCGACCUGCCCCCCUUCGACUACAACAUGCGCGCCGGCAAAUCGACCAUCGGCGGCAGCGGGAUCAAGCUACCCAAGGUAGCCGCCAAUUCCACCACCAAUUCCACAACCAAGUCCAAGUUCCCGGGGGGCAACGGUCCGCGCCAUGAGCCCCUGCAGCCGCCCUUCGCAUCCACGGCGCAGCGCACGGGAUCGAUCCUGAGCGGUGACAAGACGGGCCCAAGGGAUGUGAAGCCGAUUUUGUCGAAUACGGGAUCUAUGGAGGGGAAGCGGACGGCCUGGACUGGAUAG